AUGGCCAAAAGGAAGCUCGAAAAGUCUGCUGCCAACGUGGCGACGGAAGCUGAGCCCUUAACCAAUCACGAGGCUUCGAACGGCUCCAGUUUGGAUCAUCCUGUCAGUGAGGAUGAGCGUGAUGAGGAAUCUGGGGCUGACUCUGAAGAGGAAGAGGACGAGGAAGAGCAGGAACACAAAUCUAGUGAGCCACCAUCGAAAAAGCAUAAGUCUCAGUUGACUGCUCAAGACGUCCAGACGGCUCGUGAAACAGCAGAGCUUUUCAAAUCGAACAUCUUCAAGCUACAAAUCGACGAGCUUGUCAGCGAAGUCAAGAUCAAGGACUCUCACGUGGCCCGGAUCGAAAAGGCCCUCCAUAGACUUCACCACUGUAUAUCUCAGGUCCCAGCUACAGAACAGCUCACACUCGAAGAAGCAGAGAAAAAGAUCAACAGUAAGAAGUUGGUAAUUCCGUUCCCUGACCCGAAACCCACAAAGGUCAACUAUAAAUUUGGGUACUUGCCCCCAGAGCACGUUGCAUUGGUGGGCUCGUUUGGGUUAAAAACGGGAAUCGCUUCGCAGCACGGUCAGGGUAUAGAUAUCUCGCUUGUUAUGCCCAAACUGUUGCUCUCACCCAAGGACUACUUAAAUUACAGAGCAUUGUAUAAGAGAAGUUUCUACAUGGCAUACUUGGCUGAGCAUUUACUUCUGCUUACGAAAAAAGAAAACUUGCCUGUGAAGAUGUCUUAUUAUUUCCUCAAUGAUGACGUCCUUUGUCCUGUUAUCAAGCUUGAGUCGAUCAAGACGGACAACGAGGAAGACUUGUGCUUCCACAAAACUAAAUUCACAAUUAAUUUGAUUGUCUCACUUCCGUUUGGUGUGUUUGACACAAAAAAGCUUUUACCAGAUAAGAAUUGUAUCAGAGUGCAAAGCGACAUCGAAGAGCUUCCUCCCACGCCAUACUAUAACUCGUCUGUCGUCUCAAUGACUACUCACGACUACUACCUCAAGUACUUGUACAGAAACAAGAAGUCCGCUGAGGCAUUUAAGGAUGCUUGUACAUUGGGAAGGUUGUGGUUACAGCAAAGAGGGUUUGGCUCUUCUCUCAAUACGGGAGGUUUUGGCCACUUUGAAUUCGCUAUACUACUUUCUGCACUUCUCAACGGUGGUGGCAACAGCGGUAAUAAGAUCCUUCUUUACGGAUUUUCCUCAUACCAGUUGUUCAAGGGUGCCAUCAAAUACUUAGCUACUAUGGACUUGUUGACUGGGUAUUUGAGCUUCUCGAGCGACUUGGACCAGUCCAGCGCAUCGAAGUAUGUUCCUGAGGCUGGUUUUAACACUCCAACCAUAUUUGACAAGAACAUCAAGCUCAAUAUAUUAUGGAAAAUGACCAAAUCCUCUUAUCAAGCAUUGCGUCUGCAUGCCAUUCACUCGUUUGAUUUGCUUAAUGACGUCGUUUACGACAGAUUUGAUGCCAUGUUCUUGCGCAGAACUGGUCCAGAUGUGUUGAAGUACGACUUAACAUUUAGACUCACCAUACCUGAGGAGCUCCACGACAGUUUUGGUGCCUUAGAGAAAAUCACUUUUGUGACCUUCGAUAAUUACAUCAAGCACAAGAUCUACAUUAUUUUAAAGAACGCUUUAGGCGAGAGGGCAACCAGCAUUGAGAUAAUCAAUGACAAAGUCAACAAUUUGUUUUCCCUUCUAAAAAGAAAGCCAUCUACUCAGCAUAGCGACACAUACUUAAUUGGCAUAGAAUUGAACCCCGACGAAUGCGAUAAGAUCGUCACUAAGGGUCCCAAUGAUACAGAUGAGGAGGCUGCCGCGAAAUUCCGCUCAUUUUGGGGCUCUAAGGCAUCUCUUCGAAGAUUCAAAGACGGAACGAUUCAACAUUGUGUGGUCUGGAGCAUAGAGAACAACGAACCUGUGGCAUCCACUAUAAUCCAUUACGCUUUAGGCUUGCACCUUCAUCCUACUAUUACCCAGCAUCUUACUUCCUCAGUAAGCAAAUUCAACGCUAAGCUUCCGGUUCCACUGGCAGCCUCAUCAUCUGGCCAAGGAGUGACAGGGGCAGCGAACUUCACGCUCUUAAAAGAAUCAUUUGAGGAAUUGUGCAAGGUCAUGUACAACUUGGAGCUUCCAUUGAGCGUGAAAUCUAUAUUGCCGGCAUCACCAUCGUUGAGAAAUACCUCAAUGUUGCAGCCUGUUCCCUUCGCUGUUUCAAAUCCCGACUUCUGGAAUGAUCUUGUCUUACAAUUUGAGAGCUCUUCUAGGUGGCCCGAUGAGAUAAAAGCUUUGGAAAAGACUAAAACAGCUUUUUUGCUCAAGGUAAGUGAGACGUUGAAUAAAGAAUCCACAUACAAGUGCUUCCUCACGAAAGACGAUUCCAUCCCAUACAUGGAAGACAUCACUUUGAUGAAUGUGCUUACUCCCGGUGGGUAUGGGUUCAGGUUUAGGGUUUUAAGUGAAAGAGAUGAGAUCCUUUAUCUACGUGCUGUUUCAAAUGCUGGUGCCCAGAAAGCUAUGGUGCAAAAAGUUUAUCUCAAAUUUAAUCAGAAAUACUUGGGCUCUGUGAAGCAUUCCCGCACUAUCAGCAUUUUGGCAACACAUCACACGUAUUAUUCUCCAGUUGUUCGAUUAUUCAAGCAAUGGCUUGAUUCACAAGUCUUGCUUAAUCAUUUUAAUGAUGAGCUCGUGGAGCUUUUGGCCAUGAAGCCAUUCGUGGAUCCCGCCCCACAUACAGUUCCCAACUCGGUAGAGAAAGGUUUCUUGCAAGUACUUGAUUUCAUUGCCACCUGGAAUUGGAAAGACGAUGGACUCAUUCUAGACCUUGCUAAACGUGCGGACUCUGCUGCGGAUGAGCUCGAGAACAAACUAAGCGAUAAGCUUACCGUCAGAGCGUACCAAGUGAUCCAAUCCAACUUUGAAACGAUCCGCAAAAAUGACCCCUCUGCUAUGAAAACACAAUUCUUCGUCGGCACAAGAGAUGACCCUUCAGGUAUCUUGUGGUCAAGCGAUGUGACAUUGCCUAUCGCCAGUAGGCUCACUGCUCUUGCAAGAGCUGCCAUGCGCAUGGUGAAGGAGCAAAAUAUCGACGACCAAACACUCAAGCUCAUUUUCACACCGGCGUUGAACGACUUUGAUUUCCACAUCCAGUUGCGUAAGUCGGACAUUGCUAAAUCGUCUGGCGUGGUGAAGACUGGCGGUUACAAGAACUUAUCUGGUAAUUACACCUCGUUCCCUGACGACAUCACGUCGCGGUAUGACUUGACUGCGAUGCUCGUAGAGGAGCUCAAUAAAGCUUUUGGAAACAUGAUCAUCUUCUCAGCAAGAAGGUGUGCUGCUCUUUACGACGGAGAGAAUAUUGUGUGUGGUGUGUAUCUACCCAACACUGGCAACAAGAAAUUCAGGGUCAGCUUGGCCAUGGACGUGAAGCCGCUGAACGAAAAGGACGAAGUGUCGCUAAAUAAGGAGAGUAUCACAGACCAAAUCAAACUUCUAGGCGGCGAUCUUAUUAAGGCCAUCAGGUUCAGAAAGUAA